GUCAGCGCGCUGCGCCGCCCUGCCGGUUGCGGUUGCGGCUGGGAGGAGGCGGGAGGUGGAGCCGCCGGGGCCGGGAUCAUGCCAGCCCGCGAGAGGUAUUCUGGGCAGCAGAGGCCGCUGGGCUGGGGAUGAAAGAAGCAGGGCAGAUGCAAAGUCUGGAGAGCGCGGGGGCCGGGCGCUCAGUCAGCACGCAGACUGGCAGCAUGACGGGUCAAAUACCAAGGCUUUCUAAAGUGAACCUUUUCACUCUACUCAGUCUCUGGAUGGAGCUCUUCCCAACAGCGAAAGCCCAACGACAGAAAUCUCAGGAAAAGGAAGAGGAAAAGCAUGGACCCUUAGGAGAUAAUGAAGAGAUGUCCAGAAUACCUACUGACAAAAAACAGGUGAAGAGAACUGGUCUUGUGGUGGUGAAAAACACGAAAAUUGUUGGUCUCCACUGUUCUAGUGAAGAUUUACACGCUGGGAAAAUUGCUCUCAUAAAACAUGGGGCAAGGCUGAAAAACUGUGAUCUUUAUUUUUCCAGGAAACCAUGUUCUGCUUGUCUGAAAAUGAUUGUUAAUGCUGGAGUUAACCGAAUUUCAUACUGGCCAGCUGAUCCAGAAAUAAGUUUGCUUACUGAGCCUUCUAGUUCUGAAGAUGCAAAGUUAGAUGCCAAAGCGGUGGAAAGAUUGAAGUCAAACAGUCGGGCCCAUGUGUGUGUCUUACUUCAGCCUUUGGUGUGUUAUAUGGUGCAGUUUGUAGAGGAGACCUCUUACAAAUGUGACUUUAUUCAAAAAAUUGCAAAAACAUUGCCGGAUGCUAACGUUGACUUUUAUUCUGAAUGUAAACAAGAAAGAAUAAAAGAAUAUGAAAUGUUAUUUUUGGUUUCAAAUGAAGAAAUGCAUAAGCAAAUACUGAUGACAAUAGGUUUGGAGAACCUAUGUGAAAAUCCAUACUUUAGCAAUCUGAGGCAAAACAUGAAAGACCUUAUCCUACUCUUGGCCACAGUAGCUUCCAGUGUGCCCAACUUUAAGCACUACGGAUUUUAUUGUGGUAAUACCGAACAGAUUAAUGAAACUCACAAUCAAAGUUUGCCACAAGAAAUUGCAAGGCACUGCAUGGUUCAGGCCAGGUUAUUGGCAUAUCGAACUGAGGAUCAUAAAACUGGAGUUGGAGCAGUCAUUUGGGCUGAAGGAAAAUCUAGAAGUUGUGAUGGAACAGGCUCGAUGUACUUCAUAGGAUGUGGCUAUAAUGCUUUCCCUGUUGGGUCCGAGUAUGCCGACUUCCCCCACAUGGAUGACAAGCAGAAAGACAGGGAAAUAAGGAAAUUCAGAUACAUUGUACACGCGGAGCAGAAUGCCUUGACAUUCAGAUGUCAAGAAAUAAAACCAGAAGAAAGAAGCAUGAUUUUUGUCACCAAGUGCCCGUGUGAUGAGUGUGUGCCUUUAAUUAAAGGUGCCGGCAUAAAACAAAUCUAUGCCGGGGAUGUAGAUGUUGGAAAGAAGAAGGCAGACAUCUCUUACAUGAGAUUUGGGGAACUUGAGGGUGUUAGUAAGUUUACAUGGCAGCUGAAUCCAUCAGGAGCUUGUGUCAGUGAACAAAAUGAGCCUGGAAGCAAAGAGAAUGGUGUGAUGAGACCCUUACCGCCCGGUGAAGAACAACACCAAAACAAAAAGCUGUGUCUUGGAAACCACUAACAAGUCCUGUUGAAACUGGAGUGAGGCCUCAAGAAUUUUUAUUGCACUUUUAAAAUUCAGCCUUGUUAACUCAGAAAAUAAGGAUGGAUUUUGUGAAUAACUGAAAAAAAAAAACAUUGUAAAGAAGCUAAUUUAUUACUACCCUAUGAAUGAUGUUAAUGAGAAUAUUUUUCUUUUAGAUUUGUGUGUUUUUCAGAAUAUAGUGGUGUGUUCUUUUAUUACAUUAAAUGAGGUAGCAAUGAUUUAAUGAGACAAAUUUGAUCAACUUGUAGAGGUUAAUUUCUCCUUGUCAUAGCUUUAUAUUAGCCAGUUUCUUGAAAGGGGCUGGUUCACUGGAGGUCACCUCCCAGCAGAGAAUUAAACACCUUUUAAAAAAUAUUAAUUCCUUCAGAUUUUGAAGGUGAUAAUUAGUAACCUGCUCCAAAGAAAUAAAUGAUGACCUGGCCAUUUUUAAGUCAUUGUAUGGCUCACCAAAAGUUCACAUUUAUACCUUGAGCUUUUUAAUAAUCAGAAUUUAAUUAGGAUUGAAUUGUAAAAAAAUGAAGGUGGCAUAGCCAGUCCCCAUUAUUAAAGUAUAUUCCUGACAAUGUUACUGAUUUUUUAAAAAACCUUCCAGUAUGUAGAAGUCACAAUGAUUUGUUGAACUGGCGUGUUAAGUCACUGAUUUAGGCAGCAGUAGGAAGAGAAUAUUAUUAAGAGUGAAGAAAUAUUUCAGUCUGGAAUAUUGAAACCAGCCUUUGUUGAAUUCCAUUCAUAAAUGCUGCCCAUUUUCCCCUCCAUACAGUUAACAGAGUGUCUUGUAGCUUUCAGUGGAAGAUCUUUUAAAAAUAUCCUUGAACAAAAAAAAAAAAAAAAAAUAUCCGUGAACCUUAAGAAUACUGAAGAUCUUGACAGUAAACAUAUGGUCAGUUCACUUACAUUCCCAAAUUGCUCUUUGUGAGGCCUCUCAUUUUCAUUCGCUGAGAAACUUUCAGAGAAUAGUCCAAAGAUGAAGGUAUGUGUUUUGCACUUUCCUAGAAUUAGGGAGGGAAUGCACAGCCCAUGGCCCACAGGACAGGGUGUGACAUCCCGAGGAGCACCUGACUUGGCUGUAGAGAGAUCUGCUGUUGUCCCCAACUCUUCCACAGCACCCCGUGGCCUCACAAGGUCCCCCACCAGUGUCUCAGAAUUGUACACAGGACAAUCCAAAUAUUGACCCAUGUCCCUAUUUGUACAGCAGCCUGCUUAGGUCCGCUGGGAGUUCGAGGUCAUCAUACCAGGCAGUUGAGAAUUGCCAUAAAUAUUGAGAGAGGAGGAAAGAUACCCUUAGAUAGAUCUAAGGCUAAUUUGAAAACUUGUAGUUAAGGUAUUCUAAAAUCUUUAUCAGGAUGUAAAUAACUGAGAUUUGCUCACAUCCUCCCAAAUGCUUUGAUAUAUAAUAUAUACAAGCUUAGAUUCAUAUUAGAAUCAUUGUUUUUUUACUAAUAUGUCAUCCACAUCAAAUAUUUUAUAAAUCAAUCAGCAAAUAUUUUGUAAAGACCCAAAAGCCUGGUGUACUGUCAGGUUUAUGGAUUUGUGUGUUGGAUGUUGAGGGGGGUAUCAGAAGGGAGAAACAAAAUAGGAAAAACUAGGAUUAGGAAAUGGGAAAAUUUAUAUUUCUAAGCACUAUAAAAAUUUUCAUGAUGAUGCCAUAUUUCCUUCUUUACAACUGGUCAGUUUUCUGCAUUUAUUGAGAAUUUCCUAUGUAAUACCAGAGGAAAGCUCUAUGAGGGCAGGAAUAUAUAUAUAACAUAUGUACAUAUACAUAUAUUCACACACAUGCAUAUUUACAUACAUAUAUUUAUAUACGCAUAUACAUAUAAUUGUAUGUUUAUAAAUUUUUUAUGUAUAAAAUAUAUAAAUUUUUUAAGCUGAUGAAUCCAGUGCCUACAAUAGUGCCAGGCACAUAACACAUUCAAUGAGUAUUUGUUGAUUGAGUAAAUGACUGCUGGACACUGGCUAGACCCUGGAAAUGAGAUGUAUAAGAAAUGCUCCCUCAUCUCAAGGAGCUCACAGUCUCGUGGAAUGUGGAAUGGAGUAAUUGAGACUGACUCUCAGAGUGGGGGUCCUGGACCGGCAGCAUUGGCAUCACCUGGGAGCUUGUUAGACAUGAGAUUCUUAAUGUCCACUGAGAUCUAUUGAAUCAGAAACUGGGUGUGGGGCCCAGCAAGCUGUUCUCACAGUUCUGCAGGUGCUUCUGGUUGACCUUGCAGGUUGAGAACCACCUUGUGAAUGUAACUAUAGGAAGCUUCUGAAAUAUGUAAUUAAAACUAAUAGAAAUAAGAAGGAUGACUCUGUAUUGCAAAGAAACUAGGAUGUGUUUUUAGCUGAGAAAAGGUAUGAGGCAUGGAGAUGUAUUUUAGUUAAGGGAAAAGAAAGUAAAUUUUGUCCUAAAGUAAAGCUGGUUAUUUCAGAAUGGUCAUUACAGAAUGAAAAAGAGAAAAAUAAAGGACAAGCUAAGAACACAGAAGUUUGGGAAAAGAAAAAAGAAAGAGGAAGGAAGGAGGGAAGGAAAAGAAAGAAAACUUUACCUUUUGUAGUCAUGUUGGCUAUAAAUUGAAUUGUUAUAAGGGUUUUUAAAAAUAAUAAACUUGUUUUUUGUUUUAA